GAGCAGGAGAAGGACUUUGUCCUGUCCAUUGUGGAUUCUCUCUAUCUGAAUCCAGCAGAUGGGAUCAGGGUUGGAGGGUUGGCCUUUAGUUCACGGGUGCAAGGAAUUCCACUGAGACCGUUCCUGAAUGUGUCAGAGUUUAGGAGAGAAUUUGGGCAUUUGGUGCAUGAUCAAGAGUCCACAUUUACUCAUCUUGGUAUACAGUAUGCGCGGGAAGUCUUCAGACAACAAGCUAGGCAAGGAGUACCCAGAGUCUUGAUCAUUUUGACUGACGGUUUGUCAAGACGCCCAGAGCUUACAGAACAGGAGGCUGCUCUGGCCAAGCAAGAAGGGAUUACAGUAAUAACUGUUGGUAUAAAACCUACAUUCGUUGAUCUAAUGGAAAGACAAAUCAGAGAACUGCAGACCAUAUCAUCAUCUGAGGAUCAUGUCUUUCAGGUUCCAGACUUUAACACAUUAGUAUUUUUUGGAGAUGCAGUGACCAAGACACUUUGUGAUGCAUUGGCCAAUUCUCAGUCUAAAGACCCCCCUGCCACAGGAGUUGACCGAGCUCGUAUUGACCCACUGACCAGCACCAGGGCUAUUGUGCCCAUGAUCAUUACCACAGCAGCCCCACGAAGUUCACCCUUUGCCGUUAACCCAUCUCCGACCAACCCUGACUGUCUCUACCCAGCAGAGGUCAUGAUUGUCUUGGGUGGAUCAGACAGAAUGGUCCAGGCCUACUUUGAACAGGAGAAGAGCUUUGUUAUGUCUGUAGCAGACUCUUUCUAUUUGAACCCUUCAGAUGGAAUGCGGGUUGGUGCUGUCUCUCUCACGUUUGGUUUACAGGGUAUUCCAUUGGACCCAUUUAGAAAUGUCACAGAUCUACGAACCGCCUUGGAUCGUUUCACCUUCAUAUUUGGCGAACAACCAGAAUCUCUUGAUUUGGGAAUAGAGUUUGCGAGGGAGGUUAUUGGGACACAAGGCAGAAAUGGAGUUGCCAAAAUUCUAGUAUUAUUAACUGAUGAUUUGUCUACCCUUUCACAACCUGUGAUUCAACAGGCAGAGGGAGCAAAACAGGAAGGUAUUAAGAUCAUAAUGAUUGGUCUAAGCUCGGAACAGGCAUUUGGAAAUGGAGAACGUGUUGCCAUUGCUUCAGCGGAUGACUUGGCUUUCCGCCUACCAAAUUUCACAGGACUAUCUGGAAUAUUGACCAAUGUUACAGAUGCCAUUUGUGUCAUAUCAAGACUAUCUGCUGAAUCAUCGACUGGAAUACAUGAAACUGGCUCUACGUUUCCAUCCACCAGUGAUACAAUUACUACAACUCCUGCAUCUAGAGCGACAACUCUUCCACCUACUACAACAACCACCACUCGUCCAUCUACAACCAGGACAACCACAACCUCUCCACCUACAACCACAACAACAACUACUCCUCUUUCUACAACCACAACAACCACUCCUCCACCUUCAACUGCAACAACAACCACUCCUCCACCUACAGCUACAAAGACCACCACUCCUCCACCUACAACCACAACAACAACUACCACUCCUCCACCUACAACCACAACAACUACCACCCCUCCACCUACAGCUACAACCACUCAGCCUACAACCACAACAACAACCACUCCUCCACCUACAACUACAAUGACAACCACUCCUCUGCCUACAACCACAACAACAACCACUCCCCCGCCUACAACCACAACAACCACCACUCCUUCACCCACUACAACUACCACCACUCCUCCACCCACAACCACAACGACAACCACUCCUCAACCCACAACCACAAUGACAACCACUCCUCCACCCACAACCACAACAACUACUCCUUCACCUACAACCACAACAACCACUCCUCUACCUACAACCACGACAACAACAACUCCACCAAGUACAACCACAACAACUACCACUCCUCCACCUACAACCACAACAACUACCACUCCUCCACCUACAACCACAACAACUACCACCCCUCCACCUACAACCACAACAACUACCACUCCUCCACCUACAACCACAACAACUACCACCCCUCCACCUACAACCACAAUAACUACCACUCCUCCACCUACAACCACAACUACUACUACUCCACCUACAACCACAACAACUACCACUCCUCCACCCACAACCACAACAACUACGACUCUUCCACCUAAAACCACAACAACUACCACUCUCCCACCUACAACCACAACAACUACCACUCCUCCACCUACAACCACAACAACUACCACUCCUCCACCUACCACCACAACAACAACCACUCCUCCACCUACAACCACAACAACUACCACUCUCCCACCUACAACCACAACAACUACCACUCCUCCACCUACAACCACAACAACUACCACUCCCCCACCUACAACCACAACAACUACCACUCCUCCACCUACAACCACAACAACUACCACUCCUCCACCUACAACCACAACAACUACCACUCUUCCACCCACAACUACCACUCCUCCACCUACCACCACAACAACAACCACUCCUCCACCCACAACCACAACGACCACUACUCCUCCACCUACAACCACAACAACUACCACUCCUCCACCUACAACCACAACAACUACCACUCCUCCACCUACAACCACAACAACUACCACUCUUCCACCCACAACUACCACUCCUCCACCCACAACCACAACAACAACCACUCCUCCACCCACAACCACCACUACUUCUCCACCUACAACCACAACAACUACCACUCUUCCACCUACAACCACCACUUCCAUUAGAACAGCCACAACUACCAUCUCUACUACUACUCUGUCUAAUCCAAUAUUCGCUGUAUCACAGACAAAAUGUUCAGAGCCAGCUGAUGUAAUGUUCCUUAUAGAUGCAUCAGACAUGUUGUCAAGAUCAGCUUUUGAUGGAAUGAAAGAAUUUGUGUUGGCAGUUGUUGAUUCGCUAGCCCUGAAUGAGUUGACUGGUAUGAGAGUGGGAGCCGGAUUUUACAGUUUCCAAGUGCAAGGGUUACCACUGAAUCCUUUUCGGAGUGCAAACCAGUUCAGAUCAGCAUUCACUGAUAUAGGUCAAGGUUCAGAGCCUGCUUUCACAGAUCUUGGAAUUCAGUAUGCAAGAGACACAUUCAGGUCUCAGUCUCGUAGUGGACGUCCUAAAAUUUUGAUAGUUCUAGUCAGUGCUUUGCAAAGAAAUCCAGAAACUUUCUUGCGCCAAGGCGAGAACGCUAAAAAUGAAGGGGUGACAAUCAUAGUUGUUGGCAUUGGUUUUGGGCGGUUUGAAUUGGACGAUGUGACAAAACAGUACCUGAAAGAAUUGGCCUCAACGAAUAGUCUUGCUCUCUUUCAAGAAGACUUCACCACCUUACCUCUUCUUCUACCCAACAUCACAGCUGUUCUUUGUGAUACAGCCCGACUGGGGGUGCCUACCCUUACACCUACCACUUCUGAGCUGCCACCAAUAUUUGGGGCAGUCCCUCGCACUUUGGUGCCACCAAGAAACUCGGGACAAGAGUCUUUUGGAAUUCAGGUACAACCAGGAAUUCCAAAUGAAUCAGAUAAGCAGCCGACUCUUGCACCGCCAUUACUAGUUGUGCCCGGACAGCCAGAACCCAAGACGACUGUAUUGCCUGAUGUACCAGUGACAUCAACAUUGGAUGUUGCUAAUACUAUCAAACCACCACCACCUCAAGUCCUUCCUCCAAGACUACCCCCAUUGGGAGGACAACCACAGCUACCUUUUAAUCCUUACCAGCCCACUGCUGCACCACCAUUAGUGACUGAAGAGAUAACUGUUACAAUUCCGUUGUCCAGGGCAUCUACUCCAUCACCUUUGGAGCGUCUUCCCCCACCAAGCAUAGACUGUGUGUACCCUGGAGAGCUCAUCUUCAUGAUUGAUGGCUCAGACAGCUUGAUUACUCCGGAUUUCGUCAAAGAGAAAGAGUUUGUAUCUUCUGUGCUGGCCAGGUUUUAUUUUGAUGUAAAAAAUGGGAUAAGAGCAGGGGGUAUUGCCUAUAGCUCUCUUAUUCAAAGUAUUCCUUUAGAUCCUUUCCAGAGCAGUUCCCAGUUUAGGGAAUCAUUUGAGCGCCUUGACCAUCAGCAGGAAUCCACCCACACUCACCUGGGUAUUCAGACCGCACGGGACAUAUUCCAGAGGCAAGCCAGGCCUGGGCUGCCAAAAGUCCUGGUAAUCCUGACUGAUGGUCUGUCAAGGUUUCCAGACCGCACCUUCGAGGAGGCAACAAAGGCCAAGCAAGAAGGCAUCCUUAUCAUUACUGUGGGUGUGGCUUCACGUGCUGAUGAGUUCACCUCUGAAGCAGUGGAGGAACUAUUGAGUAUAUCAUCCUCAGAAGCUCUUAUGUUCCUGGUGCAAAGCUUCGAUGAUUUGCCCUCUGUUGAAAUCACUUUGGUGCAAACAAUCUGUGAACUAAUAAUGCCUCCUCCGCUCCCAUCGACUACAAAUCUGAUACCUCAAGAAACCGAUAGACCAACAUUACCGCCCCCGACAGUACCCCGUCCAUCAACCACAUCAGCCCCUCUGACCGCGAAGCCUACCUUCAGUGGUUCAAAAUGCCGGUAUCCAGCAGACCUGGUGUUUUUGCUGGAUGGGUCAGCUGGGUCCAUAGAAAUGAGCAUUCGUCUCGCCAGAGAAUUUAUGCUGUUGGUAGCUGAUUCCUUUUACCUGAAUGGUGUUGAUGGGAGUAGAGUUGCUGGUGUGCUUUAUGACACAGAAAUUCAAAGUGUAACUCUAUCUCCUUUUCGGAACCCAGAAGCCUUCAAGACUGAGAUCAGGUCAUUGUCAUUCAACCCUUCUGUUUCGUUUGCCGAUAGAGGUAUUGAAUACGCUCGCAGGAUGUUUAAAGAACAAGGCAGAGAAGGAAUCCCCAAAGUUUUGAUCCUUGUGAGAGAUGGCUUUUCUUCACUUCCACCAGACACUUUGAGACAAGCUAUGCUAGCCAGAACUGAAAACAUAACAGUUAUAACUGUUGGUCUACGUGAGAACAGUGGAGUGAUUCAAGGACUGAGACAACAGCUUUCUUCUAUUGCUUCAUCUCGGGAUCUUUUCUUUGAUGUGAGGGACUUCACCGAAUUACAGUCUAUAGGAAGCCGACUGGUUACUGAUAUAUGUGGUCUGAUUUCACCAUUUCGCACAUUACUGACAACUCGCUUUGUUCCGCAAGUAACCCAAAGCCCCACAACAGUGCCAAAACAGACCCCUGUUACAAGAGAUCCCGUCUUCAGCAGUUCAAAGUGCCCCUAUCCCGGGGACCUAAUAUUUCUACUGGAUGGGUCAGAGAGCACCACAGACCUGAACUACUUCUUAGCAAGAGAAUUUGUGCUGUCCGUUACAGACUCUUUCAACAUCGAUGGAGACGGAGGGACAAGAGUUGCAGGAAUCAUGUACGACUCCAACAUUCAAAGCGUUCCGUUUGAACCUUUUCAGAAUGCUACAGCCUUUCAAACUGCAGUGAGAUCACUACCUUAUAACUCCUCUGUGUCAUUUCUGGACCAAGGCAUCGCCUAUGCACGCAAGAUUUUUACUGAAGAGGGCAGAGAUGGCAUUCCGAAAGUUCUGAUCAUUGUUAGGGAUGGUUAUUCCUCGCUUCUACCUGACACUUUGAGACAAUCUCUGAUAGCAAGGACCCAAAAUAUCGCAGUUGUAACCAUUGGUCUGGAUGGAGAUGGUGGAAUGUUUCCAAACGGGAGGCAAGAGCUCCAGUCUGUUGCUUCGACCCCAGGUCUAUUUAUCGGUGUAAGGGACUUCACUGAGUUACGGUCUGUAGGAAGCGAACUGGUGACAAAACUAUGUGAUUUGCUAUCACCCCCACCCAUCUUACCAACCCUGGGUGUUAAUCCUCAAGAGUUUCCGGUAUCGACAUCACAGCCGCCAAUAGUAAGACAAGCCACAACACAAGCCCCCCAGAGUGAUUCAAAAUGCCAAUAUCCCGGAGAUUUGAUAUUCUUGCUGGAUGGAUCACCAACCUCGACAGAUCUCAGCUUGCUCUUGAGUAGCUGGCAUUCUGAAUGA